GAAAUUAAGGCUGUUUUCCUCAUGGGUAGUUUGAUUAGCUGAUUAUAAGUGGUGGGUUUCCAUUCGUUUGGGGUCUUUCUGGUGUUUUGCUAGCUUUUGGCUGGAAGAAGGGGCUUUAACGAAGGGAAAGAAUUUAGGGUUUUCAGUUUGAGUUGAGACCAGCCUCUAAUCCGGGCAUGUGUUUGGAAGAUUGUGAUUGAUCAGAAGAUGGAAACAAGAACCCAUAGACCAGAUUUGCAUGUUCUGCAAUACUUAGGGGACUAUCCUAACUGCAACUUGGAGAGCACCAUGGAUCUUGCCCAGCUCCCCACCAUUUGUCACCGGUAUGGAAACGUUUCGUAUGAACCCUCCGAAAUGCUGAAUUUCGGCUCAAAUUCGCCAUUGGUAGUAUCACACAGGAGUGAUGUUAUGAACGUGAAUCAAGAACUGUCUGGAUCUUCUUCUUCAAGAAUGGAUAACAAUGCUUUCUUUAUUAGCUCUACACAAAAUUGUGGCUCUUGGAAUGUUGCUAACCCUAACAUUCAGAGCCAUAUGUUUGUUGGGGGAAGCUAUCCCGGGGUUUUGAGUCCGAAUAACGCCCCAUCUUUGGCUAACAAUCAAUCUAAUGAAAUUCAUGGGCAAUACACACAAAAACAGUUCGAGGAUAUGCAACAUGAGUUCACCAGCAGUUCGGCUCAUUAUCGAAGUUCUUCUUCUUCUGUUCAAGAAGUUAAUAAUAACAAUGGAGACUCUCAUAGAUGGAAUGGUGAAUUUGAAGGGGAGCCAAAACCCACUAAUGGGCCUCACAUCCCAAACACCCAAGCCUUAUCUCUGUCGCUUUCCUCGGUUUCACCUUCCAGGAUGAAUCCUAGGUGUGUUGUGCCUUUUGGUCCUUUUACCGGUUACGCGACAAUUCUAAGAAGUUCAAGAUUUCUUAAACCGGCUCAACAGCUGCUUGACGAGCUCUGCAGUUAUUCAGGCCAUAUGGGACUGAUAACAAGAACGUCGGAGCAUUCUGAGAAGGUGUGGGAUGAAGUGAAUCUCUCUAGUGAUGUUGUCAAUGCAGCUAACACAUAUUGUAUGGGAAGCUCAAAUGAAUACCACCAAAGAUCUGAAAAUCAGCAAACAAGAGUCAAGUUGUUACAUAUGCAGGAAGAGGUUUGCAGAAAGUACAGCCAAUAUCGACAGCAAAUGCAGAUGGUAGUGUCAUCCUUUGAAUCAGUGGCGGGGCUUAGUGCUGCGACACCAUACAUCUUCUUGGCUCUCAAGGCAACCGCGGGGAGUUUCAGUUCCCUUCACAAUGCCAUCUCAGACCAGCUCAAGAACACGUGCAAAGCCAAGGGAGAGGACAAGUUAUUGUCCUCCAUUGGGAAAGGCAAAGGAGAUAGAGCUAGCUCAAGCUUGAAACUGGUUGACCAUGGUGUUGACAAGCACGGCGGCAGCAGCAUGGGGUUCUUGGAUCAUCAACCCCACGUUUGGAGGCCCCAGCGUGGCCUUCCCGAGCGUGCUGUUUCGGUUCUUAGAGCCUGGUUGUUUGAUCAUUUCCUUCACCCGUAUCCAACGGACACGGACAAGCAUAUGCUGGCCACCCAAACAGGCCUAUCUCGAAACCAGGCAAGAACCCUAUUAAUUUAACUCUUGUUAUAAUAUGCCCCUUCUCGUUCGAUUUUUUAAAAUUUGUUCAAAAUUAACUUGGAGGUGCAAUUGAAUGGUGGAAAGGUGUGUUCGGGUCAGGGCACGAUGGAGAUUAGGGGGUAGGAAUCGUCAAUUUUACGAACGGGACAUCAGAGCAUCUUGGGUCAUCCUAUGACAGAUUUUCAAUGUCAUGGGAACCUAGUGGAUUCAAAAAAGGCCCUAAUUGUUUAUGUACCAUAAAUCCAUCCAUUGUUGACAUCAAUUAAUGCCAAACUAAUAAUGGUUUUUUUUGUAG